AUGGAAAGAACACAGCGGUCGAGUCUAGGGGAGGUGCAGCUGGGGGAGGCGGAGUGGCGGGCGGAGGGCCAGGGGGAGGCGGGGGAACCAGGGGAGCUGGGGGCGCAUUCUGGCUCCCCCCAGCGGCAAAGCGUUCCCCAAAAGCUGGGCCCUGCGGAGGUGCUCCAGGGGGAGCAGUCUCAAGGGGGAAUGGGCGGAAGUUGCUCCCCCCAUAGGCGGGACGGCUGGAGAGGGGAGAAGCAGGCGGGGGGGGAGGCGGAAGGGGGGUCUCCGGAGCGGGACCAGGGGGUAGCGGAGGAAGCGGAGAGAACAAGGCGUUUUCAUUGGUCAAAGGGAGCGGAGGAGGGGGGAAAGUGGGGGGGUUCGAUUGGCUGUGUGGCGAAGACGUGGGAGACACUGCAGCAGUAG